GAGGUUCAUCUCCACCGUGUGUCCAUCUGCGGCUUUCAUCUGGAGGACAGCAGUGGAGACGUGAUUAAAUAACAGCACGGGAAUAUAUUCAUAGCCGCCAUGUCUGUGGGGAGCGACUUUGGAAACCCUUUACGGAAAUUUAAACUUGUUUUUUUAGGCGAACAGAGCGUUGGAAAAACAUCUCUGAUAACACGGUUCAUGUACGACAGCUUUGACAACACUUAUCAGGCGACCAUCGGGAUCGACUUCUUAUCGAAAACCAUGUACCUGGAAGAUCGAACGGUGAGGUUACAGCUGUGGGACACAGCAGGCCAGGAGCGUUUCAGGAGCCUCAUCCCCAGCUACAUACGAGACUCUACUGUAGCCGUGGUGGUGUACGACGUCACAAAUGUGAAUUCCUUCCAGCUGACCUCCAAAUGGAUUGAAGACGUCAGGACGGAGAGAGGAAGCGACGUCAUCAUCAUGCUGGUCGGCAACAAGACAGACCUGGAGGAGAAGAGACAAAUCUUGGUGGAGGAAGGCGAGCAGAGGGCUAAAGAGCUGAACGUGAUGUUUAUUGAGACGAGCGCUAAAACCGGAACCAAUGUGAAACAGUUGUUUCGGCGAGUCGCUGCUGCUCUGCCCGGAAUGGAGAAUCUGGAUGAGAUGAACAAGGAGGGCAUGAUUGACAUCAAGCUGGAUAAAGUGCAGGAACCUCCUGCCAGCGAGAGCAGCUGCUCAUGUUAGUACAGUGCCCCCUCAUGGACACCUCCACUCACACACCUGCUCGUUCUGUUGCUUCCCGUGGCUCAGCAUCCCGACCAGACGCAGGCUUCCUACAUCUGACUGAGCUGAAAGUGAUUAAAGCUCUCUCUCUCUCUCUCUCUCUCUCUCUCUCUCUCUCAAAAAAACCCCAAUAAAACAAAAUCACAUCC